AUGAUUGAAGAGCAAUGUGACAAAGUUGAAAUAAAACAACUUGGAAAAAACUAUAUUGAUGUAAUAAUUCACGGUGAAGAUUAUACAGUUGCAUGUCCAAUAGCUGAGAGAUUAUUAAACACGACUGAAUAUUGUGCUUUUAAUAAAAGCUAUCCAGAUGAUAAACAUAUCUCUAUAAGAUUAAAAACUAAUGAAGUUGAUGUUAAAAAUGUUUUUAAGGAUAGUGUUAAGUCUAUUAUUGAUGAUAUUGAUUCUGUUAUAGAUCAAAUUAAAUAA